AUGUUUCAGAAUGAAUCUCGUUUGUUGGUGGCUGACAAUUCCGGAGCCAAGGAAUUACUAAUUAUAGGGGGCUUUAAAAAUGAAUCUAAAAAAAUAGGAAACCGAGUAGUUGCCGUUGUAAAAAAGGCUGAUCCUCAUGCUACUAAUAUCAAAAAAGGGCAAAUAGUUAUGGCUUUAAUUAUCACCAGUAAAAAAGGAUUUCACCGAGCUAAUGGUAAUUUUGUCAGUUUUAGUAAAAAUUAUGCUGUCUUAGUAAAAAAAGAAGACCAACAAUUGAUUGGUACGAGAAUUUUAGUGCCAGUUUUACGUGAAUUUGAAGAAUGA